AUGCAGCGCAGCCAGAUAUUGCUCAGUAAAAAGACAAAUAAAUCUGUGAAAAUUCUUUCUUUUGGCUACGGCGUCAAUCUUGGUACAUUGGGUGAUCGCGGUUUGUUCACCUUCCCGCACGCGUACUUCACGUUGAAGAUUCUCCCGCCGUCCAAAACACACGCACUCAUACAAACUAAACUGAGUUCUCUGCCAUUCGCACACAACGACUUUGGUCUGAGGUUUUGGUUGUACCUCGAUGCUAUUGGUCGGCAGGAUGGAUACGGCUUGAAGCGGAUGAAUGUGGCGGAGUUGCCUCUGGUCGUAAUCACGCCCAUAGCUUUCACUUCAAAGAAGGCUGUAGUGAGGAAUAGACUGCGCAAGCGGAUUCGUAAUUGUAUCACUUCCGUUGUACAGCAGUCUAUGGUUACUGCUCGCGGUGGAGCAGACGAUCUUAUUCUCAGAGAUUGGACUUACGUCUUCUAUCCAUCCAUCGUCCUCGAGAAUGGCGAUGUCCACUCAAAUGAUAUCGAUAGGGCUAUGAUUAACGUCCUGAAGCAUGCUAGGAAUGUUGGGCUAAACAACACUUUAGCCGUGUACAAGGAGAACGAUGUCGAUAUCGAUAACAUGGAUGACGUCGAUUGA